UAAAAACAACAAAGGGCUCAACUGCUAAAACCGUCCCGACCUUCUUCUCCAGUUCUCCUUCCAUUACCCCCUUCUCUCUCCAGAUCUCGCUCGCCAUGGACCUCCUAGACGCUGGCCACCACCCCUCGCCGGAGCCAAGCCCCGCCCCCUCGUACGCUGCUGACAUGGCGCUCCCGCUCGCUGGCGCCGCCUAUCAGCCCUACGUCUCCGAGCUCCUCUCCUUCUCCAUCGAGCGCCUCCACAAGGAGCCGGAGUUGCUGCGGGUGGACGCGGAGCGGGUGCGGCGGCAGAUGCAGGAGGUAGCGGUGGAGAACUACGGCGCCUUCAUCGCCGCCUCGGAGGCGCUCUCCUUCGUCCGCGCGCAGCUUGAGGGCUUCGACAGCCACCUUGAGGCCCUGAUAGAGGAGAUACCAAAUUUAACAUCUGGUUGCACUGAGUUUGUUGAGUUAGCUCAGCAAAUUUUGGAAGAGAGGAAGCUCAAUCAGACAUUACUAGCCAAUCAUAGUACCUUGCUUGACCUGCUUGAAAUUCCACAACUGAUGGACACAUGCAUACGAAAUGGGAACUAUGACGAGGCACUUGAUCUUGAAGCUUUUGUUAGUAAAAUCUCAAAGUUGCACCCUGAUUUGCCUGUUAUCCAAGGAUUAGCUGCUGAAGUCAAGAGGACAAUACAAUCACUAAUUUCUCAGCUUCUCCAGAAACUUCGAUCAAAUAUUCAGUUACCUGAGUGCCUCCGUCUAAUUGCACAUUUGCGCCGAAUUGGAGUUUUCAGUGAAUCAGAAUUGCGCUUACAGUUCUUGAGGUGCAGGGAAGCUUGGCUUUCUGGGAUUCUUGAUGAUCUGGACCAAAGGAAUGUUUAUGAUUACCUGAAUGGCAUGGUGACUUGCCACAGGAUGCAUCUAUUUGAUAUUGUCAAUCAAUAUCGGGCAAUAUUCACCAAUGAUAAAUCUGGAAGUGAGGAGAACUAUGAUGGUGGGCUGCUUUUCAGCUGGGCAAUGCAACAAGUUAGCAAUCACCUCACCACUCUUCAAGUUAUGUUGCCAAAUAUAACUGAAGGUGGGUCGCUGUCCAACAUCCUUGGUAAUUGCAUGUAUUGUGCAAUGGGUCUUGGCUUAGUUGGAUUGGAUUUCCGUGGUCUGCUUCCUCCAAUCUUUGAAAACGCGGUCUUAAAUUUGUUCUCAAAGAACAUGAGCACGGCGGUUGAAAAUUUUCAGGUUGUUUUGGAUUCACACCGUUGGGUUCCAAUGCCAUCGAUUGGCUUUGUAGCAAAUGGAGUUGUGGAUGAGACUUCAGAUGAUGUGACUCCACCUUCUGUUUUAAUGGAACAUCCGCCUCUUGCAGUGUUUGUUAAUGGUGUUUCAGCAGCAAUGAAUGAGCUAAGACCAUGUGCACCAUUGAGCUUGAAACACGUCCUUUCUCAGGAGGUGGUCAAGGGAUUACAAGCAGUCUCUGACUCCCUAGUUAGAUACAACGCCAUGCGGAUGCUGCGUGCGAAUGAGUCCUCUCUUUUCCUUUCUCUCUGCCAGGCAUUUAUUGAGGUUGCAUACCCUUAUUGCACGGCAUGUUUUGGACGAUGCUACCCGAAUGGUGCAACAUUGAUCACAGAGUGUCGGAGCACAUUCCAAGCUGUCAGCCAGCUAUUGACCGUACAUGCUAGAUCUAAUAGUUCAGGUUCAGGGAUCAGCAUUGAACGGCGGCAGUCAGGAAGCAUCGAAAGAAAUCAGUUAGGAAGCAUUGAACGGAGGCAGUCGGGAGGCAUAGAAAGAAAGCAGUCCAUUGAGAGUGUUGGGACGGUGGUUACCGAUAAUGGGCUUCCAGCUGAUGGACCAGGGCCAGUGGUCGAUAAUGAUGCUGCAACCCUAGCUUCACCAGUUCACGCUGAUGCGCAAAGCAGCCUACCAGCAAACAAGUAGUUUGGACCUCUCUUUAUCUGUCCAAGUUCUUUACCAAGGCAUGGUUAUCUUCACUCAGUGAUGAGAGGCUGCUGCGAAAAUCUAUUUGGUCGAGAAUUCGUUCCAUAUUUGCGCUUCUGGUCCUACAAUGUAUACAAGCACAUCAUCACCAGAUAUUUGUAUGUUUUGCACAACAAUUUUUUAGCUGUUCAUUGUUAGCCCAUACCUAGAUGCUGUAGAGUGAGUGUGUCCAACCUGAACAAUAAUUUGAUAAUAUACAAAUUGUGUUCGCUUCA